AUUGGAUGCCAACCCAAAAAAUAAGAAGGCUUUGCGUUUCCGGUGGUGCACGUCGCAUGCGCUCUGGUGCAGAAGUGGAACGCAAGUCCAGACAGCAGCUAUCGCCGAACACCCACUUAAUCAGAAAAAAGAAAUCAAGGGCUGACUGACCAUAAACCAACCAUGGCAGAUGGAGAGGGAUUUGUGGUGCGCAUUCGUGGCCUUCCCUGGUCUUGUGCUGUGGAUGAAGUGUCAAGAUUUUUCUCUGAUUGUAAAGUUGCAAACAACGGCACCAGCAUCCAUUUCACCUACACUCGUGAGGGCAGGCCAAGCGGAGAGGCCUUCGUAGAGCUGGAGUCGGAGGACGACCUGAAGAUUGCAGUCAAGAAAGACCGAGAGACCCUGGGUCACAGAUAUGUGGAAGUAUUCAAAUCGAACAAUGUGGAGAUGGACUGGGUCAUGAAGCACACCGGUCCAAACUGCCCAGAGACUGAGGGGGAUGGGCUUGUGCGGUUGCGUGGCCUUCCCUUCGGCUGUAGCAAGGAGGAGAUUGUCCAGUUCUUCUCAGGGUUGGAAAUCGUGCCAAAUGGGAUAACAUUGCCGGUGGACUUCCAGGGGAGGAGUACGGGGGAGGCCUUCGUGCAGUUUGCUUCACAGGAUAUAGCUGAAAAGGCUCUAAAGAAACACAAGGAAAGAAUAGGGCACAGGUAUAUUGAGAUAUUCAAGAGCAGCGAUGCAGAGGUGCGGACAAAUUACGAUCCCCCACGCAAAACGAUGGGUGGCAUGCAGAGACCAGGCCCCUACGACAGGCCUGGUGGUGGUGGUGGUGGCGGCCGUGGCUACAAUGGCAUGAGCCGCGGAGGCUCCUUUGACAGGAUGCGCCGUGGGGGCUACGGCGGAGGUGAGGCUGGUUCCGAUCGUUAUGGCGAUGGUGGUUCAAGUUUUCAGAGUACGACUGGACACUGUGUGCACAUGAGGGGACUUCCUUACCGGGCAACAGAGACGGAUGUCUACAGUUUUUUCUCGCCAUUGAACCCAGUGCGUGUGCACAUCGAGGUUGGUCCAGAUGGAAGGAUGACUGGAGAGGCUGAUGUAGAGUUUGCCACACAUGAGGAUGCUGUGGCAGCUAUGUCAAAGGAUAAAGCCAACAUGCAGCACCGUUAUGUGGAGUUGUUCCUCAACUCAACAGCAGGGGGCAGUAAUGGAGGCUAUGGUGGCCAGAUGAGUGCUGUGGCCAACCAAUCUUCCUAUGGAGGCAGCCAGCAGAUGAGUGCUGGUUACACGGGUGGUUACAGCAGCCAGUCCGGCAUGGGGGGGUACAAUGAUUACAGUAAUCAGAGCGGGAUGAGCAGCAGUUACUAUGGCAGCAGCCGUGGCUCCAUGGGCAUGAAUGGCAGCAUGAGCAUGGGAGCCGGGUGGGGCAUGUAGGAGAUCCAGGGGGUUCUAAGCUGUUGGCGAAAUUAUUUUUCGAGAUGGUUACAGAUUUUGUACAGAUUGGAGUGGUAUAGCUCUAACGUAUGAAAGCUGGGGGGGAAGACGUUUUUACCCCAGCCUUUCUUAACUGUGUCAUUGGAGCCUGUAUGUUAUGUUUUUGGUUUUGUGAAUGAGACAGCGCAGGGUGAAGGAUUUUGGUUCCACCCUAGUUAUACCUGUAGUUCAACUCUGAAUGACUGGAUGCUGUUUGUGAAGCCACGUGUCCUUUUGUAAAUAUGGUAAUCAUGACUGCUUGUAAUGACUCCUCGUGAGUCUGCAAAAAUGUUCUGCUCCUUUUUCAUGGUUCCUAUAAACUUGGUUAGAGCCAGAGGGAUUUUUAUAAUGUUAAAAGGGCAUGUUGAAUUUGCUUUUUAUAAACAGGAUAUUAUUUUUGGUUGCUGUUUUAAACCUUGUAAUAGAUGUCUCAUCCCUGCUCACUGUUUUGAUUCUGCUAAUGGGCAUCAUUAAUAAACAUUUAUUCACUGA